AUGGAUUCUUCCGAUGCUGUUGCACAGCAGCUUCUUUUGAACGACUCAGCAAAUGUGCCUGACAUAACUGCAGUGACUAUUUCGUAUCUAUUAUGUAUUUUUGGUGGCUCUUUGUCAGUUCUCAUAAUGUUUGGAAACCUUCUUGUCAUAAUCUCCAUUGUUUACUUCAAACAGCUCCAAACUCCUACAAACUUCCUGAUGCUCUCUCUGGCUGUGGCUGACCUCUUAGUUGGACUUUUAGUUUUGCCUUUCAGCAUCUUACUCUACGUGCGCUCAAAUUGGCCUCUUCAAGAUGUCCUCUGUCGAUUGAGAGGCAGUUUCGAUAUGUUACUCUGCAAUUCCUCCAUUCUGAACUUGUGCUUCAUUUCUGUUGACAGAUAUUACGCAGUGUGUCAGCCUCUGAGAUACACAACUAAAAUCAAUGUCCGUGUCGUUGGGAUCAUGAUCCUGGUGACGUGGACCUUUUCUGCUCUAAUUGGGAUUAUUAUCACAUUGGCGCCAAAUCAAGGGAAGAAAAACAACAGGUGUGUUUUAAUACAAAAUAAAUCACACAGUUCACUCAUCAUGGGUGCGCUUACUGUGUUUUUCAUACCAGCCGUCAUCAUGUUUGCAAUCUACCUAAAGAUUCUGAUGGUGGCACAGAGACAGGCCCGCAGCAUCCUGAGCAUGGCAAAAGCUGGUGCAAGUGUGAGUAAAGUGGAGAGAAAGGCGACUAAAACUCUUGCCAUUGUGAUGGGGGUUUUUCUCAUGAGUUGGACGCCUUUCUUUCUGUGCAUCACCCUUCAACCUUUGAGCAACAACACAAUACCGCUUCAUGUUCUUCAGUCCUUUAAGUGGCUUGGAUGGUCCAACUCAAUGUUCAAUCCAUGUGUUUAUGCUUUCUUUUACAGCUGGUUUCGAGAAGCUUUUAGGAUGAUCAUUACGGGGAAAAUAUUUCAAGGUAAUUUUUGUAAUUCAAAACUCUUUUGAACCAAUAUUUGACUCCCCGUCAUGUCACUAAUAAUUUCUGAAUGUUACUCUUCGUCUCAUUUUGACCUUGAUCUACACAAAGCACAUUACCUAAAUGAUGGCCCUGUUUUGAUGGUCCAUGCCUCCUUAAACCUCAUGAGUAUGUCCUUCACUGCG